UCAUUGUUCUUUCUCACGUUUUACUAACAAUUGCAUCAAGAUGAAGCUCAUCUUUCUUAUUUUCCUUCUGCCUCUGGCACUGUGUGGUGAAAUUAAUUCUGAGACUGAUGAUAUGAACAGAUCAACAGGUGUCGUGCAACGUGGUCUUCAAGAUGAUCUUAAGGAAUUUGUAGAUUUAAUUCCAAUGAAUAAGAUCAUGUCAGUGGCUCUGAACUACAUUGUGGCAGAUAAGGAAGUUCAGGCUCUGUACAAUUACAUCAGAUCAGAAGAAUUCAGGGAACUCUACACGGCUGCUAUUAAGACUUCCGCUGUGCGAGAACUUAUUGAAAUUCUGGAAAGCUACGGACUACCGGUGGUUAAAUAUAUCAAUCAAAUUACACCCCUGUUGAUGCUUCCCACUUACCCGCAGAGGAUGAGUGCUGAGAAGGCACCUACCAAGGGUGUUAAUGGAUUAGUGGAUGAAAUUCUUCACGUUCUGCCUCGGGAUAAACUUAUUGGGCUAUUCAUUCAAAAGACAAUAACUAGUCCUGAUUUUAGGCAGCUCCUUAAGAAUUUGGGAUCAGAACAAACGUUAAGGGCUUUUAUCAAAUUUGCGUCCAACAAGGAAGUCAGGAGAGCCUACGCCGAACUGAACAAACGUGGAGUUGAUAUUGUUACGAUUUCGAAGAAAGCCAUAACUUACUUCCUGAAUCUUUGUUAAAGGGGUCAAAGGUAAAUUAUUUUAUUUCACAUUGAGAGUAUUGAGUAUAUAAAAAUAAAAAAAAAAUUGAAAAGAAA